CACCCAGAGCUUUUAGAAACUGUAAAUUUGUCAAAUCAAGUCUGUAAAUAUCUACCAAGUGUUCCACAUGGUAGAUUCUCUGAAAUUGAAUUACAACCCAGGGUAGUGAUAGUCUAGUCGCUUGCUCCCGCCCCCGCCUCACCGUCCGGUCGAACGAAGAAACGGCGAGAAUGGCAUUUGUGCGUGAAAUUGUAUCAGUUUUUAUGUGAACAACUGCAUAUUUCUCACAGCAGCAACUUCACCCUUCGACCUUUAGUCCAUGUGUGUAAUUAUCCCUUCGCAGUGUUAAACUAUGUGCCGUUUUAAAUAGUUUAGUGUCGAAAAAUUUUUGUGUGACUGGUUUGGGGUGGUAUCCCGUGGAUUUUGUUUCAUUGUGCCGUGCAAUAAUGGUCAGAGUUCCCGCUAACAUCGUUGGAAUUUAAAACAUUCGUGCCCAACCGGCAUGGAUGAAGGUCUCCUAAACGACCUGCUCGAGUGCUCCGUAUGUCUGGAGCGACUCGACACCUCGUCGCGUGUCCUGCCGUGCCAGCACACCUUCUGCCUUAAAUGCCUGAAGGUGAUAGUCGAAUCCCACAAAGAGCUGCGAUGUCCGGAAUGCAGGAUCCUGGUCGAAGUGAAAGUGGAGGAAUUGCCUCCGAACGUCCUCCUCAUGAGGAUACUCGAAGGCAUGAAGAAUUCCGCUCCGAGGAAGCUUGUGACUGGACAGAGGACCUCGCGAAGUGGACAUAUACAGGGGCAAGUUGGUGUCCAAGGUCGAGACGGUAAACAGUUGCCACCUCACGCGAGAGCACUCUACGACUAUAUAUCUAAGGAACCUGGGGACAUGUCUUUCAAGAAAGGCGAAACGAUACUGUUGCAGAAGAAAUUGGAUCCGUUUUGGUAUCAAGGAGAAUGCUCCGGCCGCAGCGGCAUGUUUCCAAUCACCUAUGUACAGGUGGUGGUACCACUUCCAGUCGCUACGGCGCUAUGUAAAGCGCUGUACGACUUUCGGAUGUCCGCGCCUGAUGAGGAGGGCUGUUUGGCUUUCGACAAAGGUGCAAUAAUAACUGUCCACCGUCGCGUGGACGACAACUGGGCGGAGGGCCGGCUCGAGCAGCGCGUCGGGAUCUUCCCCAUCGCCUUCGUCGAGCUCAACCAGGCCGCCAGGCAGCUCAUGAACAGUGUGCCGCUAAACCGUCCUGUUCCGGCAAUACCUGAACACUCGCGACCAUCGCACUCUGACCACAGGCAUCAUGCACAGAAUUCCCAUCGUUACCAACAGAUGUCGAUGUCGACGCCGGCGACGGUGCAGAGUAACUACCAGAACAUGGGCAGCAUGAGUCAGUCGCAGCCGGCGGGCUACCAGCAGGGCGUGGCGCGGAACAUCGUGGAGUCGCACAACAAGCACUCGCUGGACCUCAUCCAGUUCCCGGCGGGCGGCGGGCUGGCGGGCGGGCUGGCCGGGGGGCUGGCGGGCGGGCUGGCGGGCGGGCUGGCGGGCGGCCUGGCCCUGCACAGCGCGCCGCGCAUCAGCGACAACCUGGAGCGGCUGCGCUCCGCCAAGUACGACGCCUACAGCAGCACGCCCGUGCACAAGCUCGACACCACGUACCAGAACGUGCGCAGCCACGACCACUUCCCUAUCUCCGUGGCCAACUUCAACGCCAACAACGUGAGCUCCGACUCCAGCUCCAGCAUGAACACGGCCUCCGUCGGCGUCAGCUGUACCACCACGCCCAACACCAGCUCCGAUACCAGCACCUGCGAGAGCAACGAGCCCAGCCUGCCCAGCUCGCCCGACAACAACACCGAGCGCAACGCCACCGUCAUCGCCACCCCCAACCCCAGCUCCAACCCCAACCCCAAUCCCAACCAGCCCGAAGAAGAAACGAACAACGACGAGUCUCUCAACACUUCCAUGGGAGUGCUGAGUUUGAACGAGAGUUCGACAGCGACGAAUACUUCUCUCAAUGUGAGCUUGCCGCCAUCUGAGAGUCCGAAAUUAAACGCUUCCGGUGCCAGUAAUACGUCACAGAAUCAACAAAAUCAAAAUGAAAAUCAAGAUAGUGCGGGGAAUAACGAGCCGAGGCUAGACGCGCCGUCGUCUAGCAAGAAUGUGUCGCGGUCCAGUGGCCCCGAGUCUUUGCUGAACUUCGGUCUGGGCUUGCAGGCGGCACUGUCGCCAUCUCACGGUAAAGAAGGGAACUAUAUGGUGACGAGAGCGCACAGAGACCACCAUCAUAGAGACAGGGAGAAGAGACACAGUCUAACGCCUUCCACUCAUCUGCAAGCAAAUCAUAACACACCGAAUAGGCACUCGGCGGAGAUAGCGGCGGGCGCGGAGCGGCGGCGGCGGGGCUCGCGCAGCGGGGACCGCGCGCUGCCCGCCGCCUACGUGGCCAUCUACCCCUACAAGCCGCAGAAACCCGACGAGCUCGAGCUCAAGAAGGGCGGCAUGUACACGGUGACGGAGCGGUGUCGCGACGGCUGGUACAAGGGCUGGGCCGAGCGAGGCGCGCGCGCAGGCGUGUUCCCCGGGAACUACGUGGCGCCCGCGCACAGGCCCAAGCAUGACAACAUCAACGUUAGUACUAUACACCUUCAUUGUUCUGAUAUUUCGGAAGAAAUCCGGUGUUUUAACAUGGCGUGCAUGAGGACACAGAUCGAACAUGUAGAGGUGUUGUUGAGAACUUUACCCGACGCGCCGCCGCGCGCGCGCAGCCCCGCCUCGCAGCCACACGAGCCUCAAGCAGUAAGUUACCCGUGGAACGCACCUACGCAAGCCCAGCAGACUACACCUAGAUCUGAAAAGACAAAAGAAAAGCCAAAAGCUGAGAAAUCUUCGAUAUCGACUGGCGUUAGUUUGAUGAAGCGUCUCGCUGCCAUGAAGAAAUGCAAGUCGCCGCCGCCCGCCGGCUACAGUAUGGACAAUCCAGUGUUCGAAGACGGGCCCGGGACUUCCCUAAUGCUGAACCUGGCGCAACAACAUCACCCUGUACAUGUCAGGUCGGGGUCGUGCCCGUCGCAGCUGCUGCGCGCGCUGCCGGCCGCGCGCGCGCCGCCCGCCGCGCACAAGGAGCGGCCCGCGCAGCUGCUGCACGACCACCAUCACCAUCUGCACAGAACGACACCAGAAAACCCGUGGCAGACGCAACACAGGAAGUCCCAGUCGCUGGACGUGACGGCCACGAGACGAGACCGACACCAUUCACAACCGGUCAAAGAGAGAUUCCGCUGUAUAGUGCCGUAUCCGCCGAACUCUGAAUACGAAUUAGAACUAAAGGUGGAUGAUAUAGUCAUAGUUUCGAAGAAGAGAGGCGACGGCUGGUACAAGGGCACCCUACAGCGGACCGGCAGAACUGGCCUCUUCCCCGCCUCCUUCGUCCAGAGCUGCCCGCAGGAAUGACAAAGGCCUACGCCCUCGAGGUUUGGGACACUCUUCUAGUUAUAUUGUGAUACGUUAAAAUGUGUGGCCCUAAUAAUGGUAUAGCUUGUUAUUCUUUCCCACUGUUCGGCAAAGACCUGCCUCCGAUAUCUUCCCAACAUGACUAAAAUUCCAUACACACUAUACAUAUGACAAUAUAUUUUUUAAAUGUUCAAGCCCAAACUAAAGACUCCUAAAAUAACUAAACUUGUUGUACAUUGUUUGUAAAUUGUCGUUUUCCAGAAUAUUGGCCACAUGUGUUUUAACUUGAUAUGUGAAUGUAAAAACUACAGAUAAAUAGAUUAAAAAGUAGAAUGUAAAAUGUUUUUUACUAACUAAGGUUGUUGUCUGAUUAAAUUAAAUGUUUUCUCAGUUCCUUCUUAGCAUGUCCAAUAAUUUAUUAUCUUUCAAGUCUGGGCGUUAAUGCAUGUGAUAGUCAUGAUUAUCAUAGUUUAUUUUAAGAGAAUAAUCAUAAUAGUCGAAAUUAGAGACAGAUGACAACCCUAGCAUUAAUACGUAGAACAUGUAAAUACGAAAUACACACAAGCGUAUAAGCGAUCUGAUUGGCGCUUUGAAUGUCACAAUGUAAUAGUGUAAUUGUGGUGCGCAUAGGGUUAGCAGUUUUAAAUAUGUCAAAAAGGAUUUAUUAAGAUCAAUAGCGAAUUGUUGAAUUAUGUAUUUAGUAUAUCUUUAAAUUAUUGUUAGUAAAAUAUUUGGAUCUAUUCUAGUGAAAUUCCGUAAAACAAUGAAUAAUAUUUGUGUUAUUAUUCGCCGUAGUCGUCAAAUAUACAUUUUUUACCAUAUUUGGACUUCUCUUUUCCUACAACAUUUUACAAUAUUUUCGACCUAGCUUUAUUUUGUUAAAACCUUGUGACUGAACCCUACUGCCGUAACUUCCUGUAAAAUAAUCUUCUUUUAAUUAUUAGAAAAGUUUUUCAAAUCAAACAAUGUGGGCCAAAUGAAGAGUCCAUGAUAAAAUGAAGUAUUUUUGUAGUAUUAAAGUAAAUAAUUAUAAUAGCCACUGCAUUGUGGUAUGUAUAUUUUGAUCUUAAUUUAGUUCUAUAGGCGUUAUAUUAGUGAAUACGUGUUUGACAAUUAGAGACAUGCAUUACAUCUCAUAAUUUAUGAAUGAAAUUUUAUAAAAAAAAAACUCCAACUUGCUAGAUACUCCUACUUUAUCUCCAUUUUCUGGUGCCAUUAAGAUUUAUGCUGCCUGUCAGCAUAAUUUCUAAUAUUUAAUUUUAUUCCAUGAACUCCAUCUGUCAUGACACAAACCUACGUAAAAGAACUCUUAUUACCAUAAAUUGAUUUAAUAAACUUCUGUGUAUGAAAGGCUUAUCACUUAAAGCAGUCUUUUCAAAUCGGUACAUAUUUGUUUAAUAAUGAACUAUUGGUUAUUUAUUGUACUUUAUUUCGUUAUUCAAACGUCUCUAGUUAUAAAACACUCUUAGCUUUAAAUUACACUGGCGUGCAUAUGAAUUGCAUCGAAAACUCAAUGUUUUAAUAUUAAAACAAUGCUUAGUCCGUUUCAAUGGAAUAAUACCAUUCGAAUUGCAUACGUAUUGACAUUAUUUUUUUACAUUAUUCGUGAAGAAGUUACUAUUAUUUAAAAUUAAUUGAAAUAUUUUUACAAUUAUAAUAGGAUUCAAUAUACGCUUACUAUUUUUUAACAACGUUAUAUUAAUUUUGUUUUAGGACACUGCCAUAUUAUUGUUUUCUUAACUUCAUUUAUUUGUGUAUUAGUGAUAACUAAACAACAGGACUUCAAGGAUAGAACUUAUUAUAUGUAGCUAAGAAAUGUGGUUAAUUAACUAUUUAUAUAGUGAAUAAUAAUUUAUAUUAAUCGUUUUAACAUAACAUUUGGGUUUUAAUGAAAAUUUUGAUGAAAUUAAGACUGUAUGAUACUUUAGUUUAUAGUAUGUAAUGUUUGUAUGUAUCAUCUGGUUAUCGCGUAAGUCUAUUUAACAUUUUUCAUAUGAAUUUGUUUUUCUUAUAAAAUUAGUUGUAAGAUAAAAAUUUGAAUGAUAUUUUGUUGUGGUACCCAUUUAAGUGGUCUGAUGUGUGUUACAUUGAAAAUAUGGAAUAUGUAUGCGGGAAUCGGGCGGUUGUUGUUAAAGAACCAUUUCAGAGGAAAUUCAAUUAUUUACCUUGCAUGUAUUGUGGUGUAGUUAGAAAAAAACUUUUGCUAAUUGUUAUUAAUUACAAUUUUAAUAGUAUCCAUUCUAUUUCAUUUCGACUUCGUUAAUACAAAUGUUUAUGAAGGAGAAACUUCAAAUAUCUGUUUUAUAUUUUAGAAAUAAAUGACAUCAGUCCACGUUAUAAAUGGCGUAUAAAAUUGUCUUAUUUUUAUCUGUUUAACAACAGCUCAACUGCCCAUUGGGACUAGGUUUAGUAUUAGUUGUAAUAGAAACGAUUGUACAUUAGAUGUCUUCUUAUAAAUUUGUAAAAAAAGAGAAGUGCACGAAACAUGAAUAUAGUCUUAUAGUGUAGAAGUUUAUUUUUAAAUUGUUUGGUUUUCAAACGUUGUGUUAUUAGAGCAAUGUGUUUUUUUUGACAUGAUUUUGUUUUGUUAUACAUUGCGGCGAUGAUUAAUAGCUGGGAGAGACAAAGUGAUAUUGAAUUUCGAUAAGGAUGUCUCAUUUUUUUUUUAUGAAAGUGCAAUCGAUUUCACUAUCGAUAAUAUCCAAGCACGCUCUGUGAGUAGUGCGCAGUGACGUCAUAGGUCACGUUGUACCGGACCGUGUAUUCAAUACACAUUUAGUUUUACGUUUGUUUACGUAAUUGUUGUGAACUGUUUGAAAGUAUUUAUUUUGUAACUUGUACAAUAAAUUAGAUUUAUAUACACUGUCACAACGAAGGUUUAAUGCUCUUCUCUAAAACAGGGACACAAAUGUUCACAUGGCAUAUUCAUUGUAAACUGUUCUAGCCCGUAUUAUUGAACUUGGUUCUGAAUUUUAUGCCGACUAUUCUUGUACCAAAACGCCUGAUAUUUUUCUAUAUUUUUCCACACACCUUUCGAUUCAGUUUUCACGAUAUACCCACCAAGUCGAAAUAAAAAUGUGGAACAAAUUUGUGUCCAAUUUGUUUUGUAAUGUGCGCUUUUAUUAUAAAUCUUAAGUGAAUCAUAUCGAAGUUAUGAUUAGGUGAUUUUGAAAGAAUUAAAAUUUCUUCAUAA